AUGUUAUCUCUAGAUUAUAAAGAAGAUCAAGAUACCAUGCAGCGCUCUUCAGGAGAAAACUUAAUUAUCUGUAAUGUACAUCCAGAACUUCACAGUGCAUCAAAAUAUUCCCCCAAGAAUGAGGAACUUUCUAAUGACCAAUCACAGAUUAUUAACCCAAGUCCAAAUCUAUCAUAUAAUAAUCCUAAACAUGAGGAAUCUUUUCCUGACCAAUCACAGAAUAUUACCCCAAAUAUAGGGCAGAAACGGGGUAAAAGGUUUCAUUGUGGGGAACGUGAAAAACAUUUCAGAUAUAAAUCCGAGCUUUCUGUAAACAAAAGUAGUCAUACAGGAGAGAAGCCGCAUUCAUGUUCAGAAUGUGGGAAAUGCUUUAACCGGAAAGCAUUACUAGUACAACAUCAAAGAAUUCACACAGGAGAGAAACCAUAUGCAUGUUCAGAAUGUGGGAAAUGCUUUACUCGGAAACCAAGCCUUAAUCUACAUAAGAGAAUUCACACAGGAGAGAAGCCAUAUUCAUGUUCAGAAUGUGGGAAAUGCUUUUUCCAGAAAGCAAGCCUUGAUCUACAUAAGAAAAUUCACACAGGAGAGAAGCCAUAUUCAUGUUCAGAAUGUGGGAAAUGCUUUACUCGGAAACAAAGCCUUGAUCUACAUGAGAGAAUUCACACAGGAGAGAAGCCAUAUUCAUGUUCAGAGUGUGGGAAAUGCUUUUCCCAGAAAGCAAGCGUUGAUCUACAUAAGAAAAUUCACACAGGAGAGAAGCCAUAUUCAUGUUCAGAAUGUGGGAAAUGCUUUAACCGGAAAGCACACCUUAAUGAACAUAAAAGAAUUCACACAGGAGAGAAGCCAUAUUCAUGUUCAGAAUGUGGGAAAUGCUUUAGCCAGAAAGCAAGCCUUGAUCUACAUAACAUAAUUCACAUAGGAGAGAAGCCAUAUUCAUGUACAGAAUGUGGGAAAUGCUUUAUGAAUAAAUCAAAACUUGAUCAACAUCAAAGAAUUCACACAGGAGAGAAGCCAUAUUCAUGUUCAGAAUGUGGGAAAUGCUUUACUCGGAAAGAAAGCCUUGAUCUACAUAAGAGAAUUCACACAGGAGAGAAGCCAUAUUCAUGUUCAGAAUGUGGGAAAUGCUUUUUCCAGAAAGCACACCUUGAUGAACAUAAAAGAAUUCAUACAGGAGAGAAGCCAUAUUCAUGUUCAGAAUGUGAGAAAUGCUUUAAGACUAAAUCAAAUCUUGAUCAACAUAAAAGAAUUCACACAGGAGAGAAGCCAUAUUUAUGUUCAGAAUGUGGGAAAUGCUUUAUCCAGAAAGCACGCCUUGAUGAACAUAAAAGAAUUCACACAGGAGUGAAGCCAUAUUCAUGUUCAGAAUGUGGGAAAUGCUUUAUCCAGAAAGCAAGCCUUGAUCUACAUAAGAUAAUUCACAUAGGAGAGAAGCCAUAUUCAUGUUCAGAAUGUGGGAAAUGCUUUAAGCUUAAAUCAAAACUUAAUCAACAUAAAAGAAUUCACACAGGAGAGAAGCCAUAUUCAUGUUCAGAGUGUGGUAAAUGCUUUAUCCAGAAAGCACACCUUGAUGAACAUGAAAGAAUUCACACAGGAGAGAAGCCAUAUUCAUGUUCAGAAUGUGGGAAAUGCUUUAUGCGGAAAGCACACCUUGAUAGACAUAAAAAAAAUCACAUAGGAGAGAUGCCAUAUUCAUGUUCAGAGUGUGGUAAAUGUUUUACAUAUAAGUCAUAUCUGGUUGGACAUCAGAGAAUUCAUACAGGAGAGAAGCCAUAUUCAUGUUCUGAAUGUGGGAAAUGCUUUAACCAGAAAUCAAGCCUUGAUGUACAUAAAAGAAUUCACACAGGAGAGAAGCCAUAUUCAUGUUCAGAGUGUGGUAAAUGUUUUAUAGAUAAAUUCCGUCUGGUUCGACAUCAGAGAAUUCACACAGGAUGGAAGCCAUAUUAAUGUUCAUAAUGAGGGAAAUGCUUUGUCACAAAAUCAAAUUUUAAUCAACAUAAGAGAAUCCACACAUUAGAGAAGACAUGUUGAUGUUUUGUUAAAGAAUAAUGUUUUAUAAAGAAAUUAGUCUUUCAAACUUGCAGACUUGUGUGUUCACUUUACCUCUUUGUGCCAAUA